GCGCUCGUCGAUCCUGAACAGUCCUGAAAGCCAAAUCACAAAACACGCCAGUUAACUUAUUGAGAAGCAGAAGGUGUGCAGGCAGCCGGGGAGGGGAAGUGGGCCGUGCCAUACUUGCGCCGGGAGCCAAUCACGGUUCUCAACUCAUCUAAACAACCAACCACAGCGGCGUAUUUGUUACCACGUGAAAGGGAAACGCUCAAACGGCAAGACGUAAAAAAGAAAAAAAAAAAGAAAGAAAAAAAAACUUUUGGAGGUUUUUCUACCAAAGUUCAUCCUUUUACUCUUUGAUGAGAAGGUUGUCUUAUCAAAAGCUCCACCAGGACUAAAUAGUGUGGUUUUUGACCUAAUCGAUUAGUUUGAUUAGAAUUAUUCGAAAAAUUCCACGUAUUUCAUUUAAUUCGUUAUUAUUUUAGUUAUGGCGGACCGGUUGUUAGGUUAGGUUAAAACGUGUCUAGUCUGAUUUAACUCUGUUACUCGUGAUUUCAUGCCCAAUUCAGCAGUGUCAGCUGAGUUUGGUAUGUUUUAACAAACCACGUUGUAUCGUUGCAAGCACGUGUUUGGUCACGAACGUGUAUCAGGCAGGCGCGCAUACAAGCACGCGCGCGCACGAUUAUUGCUCACAGGCAACUAGGCACGAGACUCCCGCAGUUUAUACGAGAGGCAUCGGCAACUGGCGAGCCCAUGGAGUUCGAGGAGUCGGGUAUUGGAGAGGAGUGCGGAGUCUUUGGGUGUGUCGCUGCGGGAGAGUGGCCCACACAGCUGGAGGUGGCUCAGGUCUUAACUUUGGGGUUGGUGGCGUUACAGCACAGGGGGCAGGAAAGUGCUGGGAUUGUCACAAGUAAUGGAGCCAGUCCACCCACGUACACAGCACACAAGGGAAUGGGAUUAGUGAGCACCGCUUUUUCACCAGAGGCUCUCACUAAACUGCGCUAUGGUAACCUCGGCAUUUGCCACACACGCUAUUCAACCACUGGGAUCUCAGAGCUACAGAACUGCCAGCCCUUUGUGGUGGAUACACUGCAUGGCAAGAUUGCUGUAGCGCACAAUGGAGAGCUGGUUAAUGCCCAUGCCCUGCGGAAAAAGGUGAUGCGCCAUGGCGUGGGCCUCUCCACCAGCUCAGACAGCGAGCUCAUCACCCAGCUGCUGGCACUGACUCCACCUAUGGAGGAGCUAGACUCACCUGACUGGGUGGCCAGAAUUAAAAACCUCAUGACUGAAACGCCAACAUCAUACUCACUGCUGGUCAUGUUCAAAGAUGUAAUCUACGCGGUGCGAGACCCUUAUGGAAAUAGGCCACUUUGCAUUGGGCAGCUUGUUCCCAUCUCUAAACUGCACAGUCCAGCAGGCGCUCAAGAGGAAGACACUGAGGGGUGGGUUGUGUCAUCAGAGUCGUGCAGCUUCCAGUCGAUUGGUGCCAAGUACUACAGAGAGGUCUUGCCAGGAGAGAUAGUCCAGAUAUCCAGACAUGGUGUCAAGUCUCUGAGUGUUGUGUCCAGACCCGAGGGAGACCUCCCAGCCUUCUGCAUUUUUGAAUAUGUUUAUUUUGCCAGACCAGACUCUAUUUUCGAAGGGCAGAUGGUCUAUACUGUCAGACAGCGCUGUGGGCGGCAGUUGGCCAUCGAGUCUCCGACUAAUGCAGACAUUGUGAGCACUGUGCCAGAGUCUGCAACCCCUGCUGCUCUGGGCUACGCUGAGCAGUCUGGUCUUCCAUACAUUGAGGUUCUGUGUAAGAACCGUUAUGUUGGAAGAACGUUUAUCCAGCCAAAUACCCGCUUGAGGCAGCUAGGAGUGGCCAAGAAGUUUGGAGCACUGACAGACAACUUUGCUGGGAAACGAGUGGUGCUCAUUGAUGACUCCAUCGUCAGAGGCAACACAAUUUCCCCUAUUAUUAAACUGCUGAAGGAAGCAGGUGCCAAAGAGGUCCACAUCAGGGUGGCUUCUCCACCAAUCAGGUUCCCUUGCUACAUGGGCAUCAACAUCCCAACCAAGGAGGAGCUCAUUGCCAACAAGCCGGAGUUUCAGGACAUUGCUGGUUAUAUUGGUGCUGACAGUGUUAAAUAUCUGACUGUGGAGGGCCUCGUAUCUGCUGUCCAGGAGGGUAUUGCUUUCCAUAAUGAGAAGGACAAAAUGAAUUCCAAUAACAAGUCCGACAGGAAAGUGGGCCACUGCACUGCCUGUCUGACUGGGAAAUAUCCAGUGGAGCUGGAGUGGUAACUGCUGCACCAACACCUCAACAGUAGCACUGUGGCUGGUGCUGCAAACUUGAAAAAAAAAAGAAACUGUUCAACAUAUGGUUUUGUCAUUACUGCCAGCUGGAACACUAAGAUGUUACACAACUACAGAAGGUCACUUUAUUCAGAACCUUAGGAAGCUGAAAGUGUUGCUUUUUCUCACUUGUGGUGACCAAGUUUUUUUUGUUUUCCUGUUGCUGGAUGUGACUAAUUCCAGAUGUGUAUUUCUUACCACACAAGUAUGUUUUUGUUUUGUUUUUGUUUUGCAGCUGCAUUUAUUUGAAAAGUUGAUUUCCACAUUUAUUCCAACCAUUUACAAUCAAGGUUAUCAGAAUUUGCCAUGCCAGAAUAAGCGCACACGAUAAAUGACCAAAACAUUAAAUCAUCUUUAUUUCUAUUAUUUACUUAGAAAAGCUGUUUUGUUUGGGUUUUGGGCUGUUUGGGCUAUUUGAAAAAUACAGGAAUAUGAUGUAUGAGCAAUAACUACAAUGACAAGUACUUUAAUCAGUAAUGAAUAGACAUCAAACAUAUUCAAGAAUUGAUAGAACAAAGUAUAAAAUCUAGCUACAAAAUAUAAGAAUUAUAAUCAAUUAAAAAUAGUUCAGAGAGAUUAAUUAUAAGCAGGUUUCCAUCGCUGAACUAGAUGGUCAUACAUAUUAAAUUUCAUCAGCCCGUCUCCUUGGUGAUCCCCUUCAUCGCCAUUUUCUGUAUGUAAUGGAAAAGGUGAGUAAGAACACAUCAACCCCCAGAGGCCAAAAAUAUCUUGUACAUGGAAAUUAUUUUAGUCACCUGGGAGAGUAGCUACAGGUCAUUUUGCUCUCUAGUGAACUUCCUGUUGAAUAAACCAUAAUGAUUAGGUGAUCAGAAACAAGUCAAGAAGACUGUCUGUCCCUUCACAUCUGAUCUUCAAACUUCACAGGUGCAUUGUUGGUCAUUUAGAUGAGUAGCUGUCAUUUUUGUGUGAGAGUUGUAUACAACAGUGACCUCUGUCUGCUCCAUCCAGUAUGAGGAGCACACAAACACACGGGCUAUAUUUGUGGGGUCACUGACAUGAAUUUUCACUUUUUCCUCAAGUCAACUUGGAGUAAAAAUGAACAAUGCAUCCAUAUUUGGUGUAUUGUAGUGUUUGUGUUGAGAGGUCCGUGGAGAUCUACAUGGAAAUUCACGCUGACAAAAUACACGUCAAUGGACUCUUUACAUAGUUGUGAUGAUUAAACUUGCAUAAAAUAA